GCUUCGGAUCAAGUGGCGCGGGAGCGCCACGAAGGCGAGUUUGAGAAGCAGACGACGCCGCGGCGCCCGUGACACUAUUUACUUCUAUAUUGGUCUCUCGAAUUUUCAAUUAAGGAAAUAAAUUAUUUAUCAUUCAUGUACCCAGCUAAUUUUGAUAAAUGUUUAUACUGGUAUGCCAAACUAUGAUUUUAAACCAAAAUAUCAGCAAUAAACCAGCUUUAACAUAAUAAACAAGUAUGCAGGUGAACAAAAAUGCUGAAAUCACUUGCUUAAUUUUUCUUCAGUCCAAAAAGUGGUAAGACCGUUAAGUUAGCUGCGUGCAGUUUGACCGAGUGGUUAGACUGUGAAGUUGGCCGCACAAGCUAUUCAGCAUACAUUGUCUGCUACUCUGCUUGAAUUAUAAAUGUGUGCUCCGUAGUAUUCGGUGUUUUGGUGUAAAAAUCUUUCAAGGAAGGUGUCUAGAUAAAUAGGGUGGUUGAUGACAACGUCUAGGUGGUGCGCUCCGUGGUUUUUGGUGUCUAGUUUACAGAUCACACAAUUAUAUUUAAGAAGAUUUUUUCAUAUAUUUAAAGUAAAUAUUACACGUUACUUUUUUUUGCACCUAAAAAAUUGCAAUGUCACAAGAAAAAAAGAAAUACUUAUUUAGUAAUGCACCUUUUACUAACCAUGCAAGAAGAAAAAUGAGAUCAACAAUAAAAAAUACAUUGUUUCCAAAUACUGAUAUUCCUGAUGCAACGAACAAUGACUUAUUGGAGAAUACAGAUCAACUAUCUGAUAAUGAGGAGGAUAUGAACGUGGAAAUGUCAGUCGAUUAUGGAGCCUCAAGACUAUUACAAGUAGUCACUGAUACUAAUGAUGAGUCUGAUAUAUUGAGUUAUUCGAGCGAUGAAGAACUGCUAAAGAUUUUAGAAGGAAACGACAAUGAAGAUUCUAACGGUUUUAACAAGUUGUUUAACGAUACAAACUUUUUUGAAUCUCUUAAUUUAACUGUUGAUGUCUUUGAAGUAUUCUGUGUCAAAUAAAUUAUCAGUUACAGGAAUAUUAAAUUUAUUAAAGUUUGUAAAUAGAUUAUGUGGUAAGAAUAUUUUACCAGAAUCAAAAUAUCAAUUUGAUCAAUUAUGUAAGAAUGAAAAUACUUUAACUCUUCACGCAGUAUGUCUGACUUGCUCAAUGUACAUAGGUACGUUUGAAAAAUCAAAUAAAUCUGUCAACUGUGAGAAUUGUAAUAGCUUAAUAGAUGUAUCUAAUCCUUCGAAUGCGUGUUACUUUGCUAUAGUAAAUCCAUCGAAUGCUGUUCGUGAUUACAUAGAAAGUCACGAAAAUUAUUAUGAUUAUAUUGUGUCCGAAAGAAUUCACGAACCAAAUGUCAUAAAAGAUAUUUAUGAUGGGGAAUGUUAUAAAAAUUUUCUGAAUAACUUAAAUACAAUUGAUCGACAUGCGUACGCAACAGCAGUCUUCAAUACAGAUGGUGCACCAGUUUUUGAAUCUUCGAAUGUAUCUAUUUGGCCUAUUUAUAUAAUGCUAAAUGAAAUUCCAAUUCAUAAAAGGUUAAACAGUACUAUUGUUACUGGUUUAUGGUUUGGCACAAGCAAACCAGAAAUGUCAGUUUUUCUCGAUGCAUUUGUUGAAAGCAUGAAUCAUUUAUCAACCAUAGGAAUAUCGGCUACGAUUAAAAAUCAACAUCGUAAAAUUAAAUUGUUUACAUUGCUUGCAUGCGUUGACACAGUCGCUCGUGCACCAAUGAAUGGUACCACUCUAUUUAAUGGAAAGUAUGGCUGUGAUUGGUGUUUGCACCCAGGUCAUUAUUAUGGUGGAUCCAUGAGGUAUCCAUUUAAUAUUCCAUUUCCAAAAGAAAGAACUACAGAAUCAGUUGUUGAACAUGCAAGAGAGGCAGUGCGUACGCAAAAACGUGUUUUUGGAGUUGUAAACGCAUCACCGCUUAUAAAUUUAAAAAAUUUUAAUAUUAUAGAUGGAUUUACUCCUGAUUACAUGCACUGCUUUUUAGCUGGAGUAGCGUCCCAAUUCACAGAAAGAAUACUUCAACAUGUAACAGUUCCAGACAUACAAUAUAUGGAUGCUUUAUUAAUUUCAAUCAAAGCUCCUCAUGCAAUCGGAAGAUUAUCGAGGCCAUUAUCACAGCUUAGUAACUGGAAAGCCACAGAAUGGGAGAAUUGGCUUCUUUUCUAUAGUAUACCUGUUUUAAAUACAGUACUAACAAACAGAAAAAUAAUGCAACAUUGGGCGCUAUUAGUUGAAUCUCUAUCGAUUUGCUUGGGAACGAGAAUCACAUAUUCUGAAUUAAAUAGAGCGAAUGGAAUGUUAUAUAAGUUUGUUUCGGAGGUUGAAGACAUGUAUUCUUUAACGGCGAUGACAUAUAAUGUUCAUCAAUUGCUUCAUCUUGUCAAAAGCGUUCAUAAUUGGGGACCAUUAUGGGCACACUCUACUUUCCCAUUUGAAGCAGCAAAUCACAAACUAUUAACAGCGAUUCAUUCUGCGAAAGGUGUUGUUUUACAAAUCAUAAGGUACACAAACAUACAACGGACAGUACAAAUCUUAGAAAACAGGUUAUAUCCAUAUUGCUCUAAACUUGUAUUAGAUUUUUGUCAACAAAUCACUUCACCGUUAGCUCGAAAAACUUUAAAAAUAUCCUGUAUCACAUAUUUUGGAUGUGGAAAUAUUGUGCCACCAAAUAUAGCAUUACUUUUUAAUGUAGCAAAAACUACAUUAAUAUUUUCAAAAAUGGUCCUAAAUGGUUGCUUAUAUGCUACAUCAGAAAAAAUUAAUAAGCGUUCGUGUAAUUACUAUGCUCAACUGACUGAUGAAACUUUCAUAAAAAUACUAUAUUUUUUAGUUGACACAGAAAGUAAAGUAGAAUCAACAGUAUGCGAAGUCAUUAAAACGCGACCUAACAAAUAUGCAAAUGUAGUGAAAGAAGUUACGAAUAUUUCAGAAAAAAUUUGCGUACCUACUAGUUUAAUUGUAAAACCUUGUAUUUUUAUUGAUACGAAAGAUGGGAUGUAUAUAAUUCCUGUACCAAAUGUAAUUUCGCACUAAGUUCAAUAUGUGAUUACAAAUGUAUUUGUACUGUACAAUGAUUAUUUAUUUUUAUAAUUCAUGUAUAUAUUUUAAAUAAAUCUAUAUUUAUCUUUUAAUAAUGUGCAUCACAUUAAUUAUUUAAUAAAAUCGUAUUGUAAUGCA